AUGGAUUCGCAGCGAGCUGAUCCAAUGUGCUGCUAUAAACACGUGUCCAUUGUGAAAUUGUGCGGAUGGUUGUCGUUGGCUGACAUAAUCGUCCAUCUGUUCACAUCGGUUUAUUUGACUGAAUUAGCGCUCGAUGAGUGCAUAUUCAUACCGUUCGUUAUAUUCGCGUUGUUUAUCGCGUUUCUUUCGGCACUUUACUACGUUGGUCUGCACAAAGACAAUGAUUGCUUGAUGAUACCGAUGAUAGUUGCUAAGGUUCUAUUCGUGCUGAUGAUCGGUUUAUUCAUGCUCUUCUCAUGGAUCGCUUUUUUGCUGUCGUUGUUCUCACUCGUUCAAGUGAAGAGUCCGAUCGACUCGUUAACAACGUGUAAUUUUCUUGUUGUGUUGAGUGUACUAUCAACAGUAAUAUUCAUUCUGAUGCUGAAGAUAUUGUUUCUGUUGCACGACGCGUAUCGUUUCAUCAAGAAGCAGAACGAUCAUAAACGACUCAACGAUAAUUUCGUCACUUUUAUGCAUAACAACACGGCAUUACGGCCAACGUUUGUUUAA